CAAUCGCUCUUCAGCCGUGAAAACGCAACGCAAUCAAAGUUUUCACGGACUACUUUAAAACGAGAUGAAUGUCAAGAUGGGUCCGAAUUUUCACCUCGCGCUCUUCUUCGCAGUUUACGUGGCCCGUUGUUCCCUUUUCAUCGACGCAUUGCGCCAAGGUUGCUCAGAUGCUCUUGGUAUGGAAAGCAACAAAAUAAAAGAUUUCCAGAUAAGCAGUCACACAUUUUCUCCUGGCUGGCUUCCUGAGCAUGGUAGAUUGAACAAUAAUAAUGGAGCUUGGUGCAGUGCAAACAAUGAUAAAACAUCUGAGUACUUUGAGAUAGACCUGCUGAGGGUCAGACAUGUUUCAGCCAUUGGUACACAAGGAGUACAAACUUGGAAUUACUUGAGCUACUACGUUAAGACAUAUGUGAUUAAGUACAGCUAUGAUGGAAGGGCGUGGUUAACUUACAAAGACACUGAUGAUGGUCCUGACAAGUCAUUCAUUGGAAACUCAAAUGCCAACAGUGUGAAACUGAACAACUUGAGAGAUACAUUUGUGACGAGAUACCUCAGGAUAUACCCGAAGGAUUAUAAAUAUGAUAUGUGUCUUCGAGUUGAAGUAUAUGGCUGCAGUGAUCAAGCUGAUGAUUGUUCAAACUUUUCAACAAAUCCUUCCGGCUCCAUUGCAAGUCCAGGCUUUCCAAUCAGUUACCCCUCCAACAAAAACUGUGUAUGGAUUAUUUCAGCUCCAACAGGAAAAAACAUAGUACUAAUGUUUACACAGUUUGACAUGAGACGAAGUUCAAAUCCACCAGGCUGUAAAGAAGAUUUUGUAGAAGUUCAGGAUGGUCUCACUGAUUUAUCUCCUCGCAUUGGUGGAAAAUUUUGUAAUGGAAAUACGUCCAUGCUAACAAUUACUACAACAAGUACAGUCAGAGUGAAUUUUCAUUCUGGCAACACCAAUGCUGCCCAGAAAGGAUUUCAGAUUAAUUACCUUGCCAUAACACCAGGUUCAGGCAACAUACAUGCUGAAAAGGCUUGCGAUGGAGAUGUUUUGGCACUGAACUGUUCAGGAUAUCAAUACACAAUAAAAAUCCUCCAUGCCACAUAUGGUUCUUUUCCACACAGUUGUGGGCAGCAGUUGUCAUCUCAAUCUUGCCCAACUUUGGAUGUUAAGAGUAAAGUUGUGACAAUGUGCCAGGAUUCCAAGGAAUGUGACAUCACUGUUAAAAAAGCUCUUUUUGAUUACAGUUGUUCCAAUGGCCCUGAAAACCAUCAACUGCAAAUUUUCUAUCAGUGUACAAGUACAAACAUUAGAACCCCAGCCCCUUCCACAAUAACCUCCAAGCCAACACAAGUGACGUCUUCAGCACCAUCCAUCCCGCCAACAAAAAUGAUGUCUUCAGGACCAUCCGCCAAACCAACACAAAUGACUUUUUCAGCACCAUCCAGUGCUCAACCCACCAAAGUUCUAUCCUCAAAUUCAUUCACUAAACCAACCACUAAAUCAUCUUCAGAAAAACCAGUGCUGUAUCCUGGUGAAUCGGACAAAAUUACACUACCAACAGAAAAUGUAGAAUUAGAAGAUCCAGGAGUAACUGGAAAAAGAGCUGAGAGAGUAGGAGGAUUGCAAAUGAAAGUAAUGGCUGUAGUUAUUGCAGUUGCUAUAAUAGUCGUUGCAGGGAUGGUUGCUGUGUUUAUCAUUCUAAAGAAACGCUCAAGUUCUGAUGAUUCAAAUUCCUUGAAGAAAAGAAAGGACUUAUUAAAAAAAUUCAACCCAAAAAAUGAAGUUCACAUUCAUAUUUUAUUGUACAUAUUUUCAUCCUUUUCUUUCUUAAUUUCUUUCUACACCAGCUUGCGAAAAGACAGAGGAAGCCCUCUUCCAACAAUCACUUUCACAUCUGAUAAAGAAUAUGCCACUCCAGCAAAUGGCACCAAAAAAAGGUUUCCUCGUGAUUCGAAAGCCAAUCCAUAUGAAACUGUAAAUAUCAUUUAUCGAAGUUCGGAUAGCUCCGAGAACUCUACCAUUGGUGAAAAAGAAGUUUCCUCAAGUGACAGGUGA